UGCCGAACCAGCUGAGCGGCCUGCCAGUCUCCACUCAAAAAAGAAAAACUCAAGCAGCCAGUCCCAUGCUGCGCAGGGCGGUCGCCGCGGAGGCGCGGCGGCGCAUCUCCCUUGCCCCGGCGAGACUCGCGCACGAGCUCGCGCAGCCUCAGGCUGAGUCGGUAGUCCCCGAGCGGCGCGGCCUUGAGCCGUCAUGGGUCCCGCUCUACAAGAGGAUCUCGAAGGUGUCCCACGGCAGGCCGCCGGGGAUAGUGGCGGCGGAGAUGGACGAAUGGCUCCGCCAGAGGCUCCGGCUCUCGCAGGACCAGGUCCUCGCGUACGUCCGCGAACUAAGGAAGUUCAAGAAGAACGAGGGCGCGCUCGAGUUCCUGGACUGGAUGGAAGCUCAUGGAGCAAAGUUGAGGCUUGGGCAUCACGCACUGCGGCUUGACCUCAUUUCAAAAGUGCGUGGGAUACAGGCAGCUGAAAAAUAUUUCUGGAGCCUUCCAGAUAUAUGCAACUCUGUGAAAACUUAUUCCUGUUUGCUUAACUGCUAUGGUAAACACGGGUUGGCAUACAAAGGUCUGGAGCUCUAUGAGAAGAUGAAGGCCAAAAACAUUGUUCCAGAUAAACUGGUGUACAACAACUUGAUGAUUUUGUACCAAAAGGCAGGCCAGCCAGAGAAAAUUCUCUCCACAUUUGAAGAAAUGCGAGGAAGUGGUGUAAGUGCUAAUAAGUUUACAUACUUCACCUUGAUAGAAAGCUAUAUCACAAUGAAUGACCUGGACGCUGCGGAGAAGGUCCUGGAAGAAUUGCAGAAGGUGGCUCCAGUUCACUGGUCCUUGUACACUCGGAUGGCAAACAAUUACAUUAAACUAAAGUUGUUUGGCAAGGCAGAAAUUGCCCUAAAGAAAGCUGAGGAAGUUAUGGACAAGGCUGACUUGCGCUCCUGGUAUGCCCUCCUCUCCUUACAUGCCCAUUGUGGCAAUUCAACCGAGGUGAAGAGGAUCUGGAAGUCUUUGAAGUCCACAUUCAAGAAAUGCUUGAACAGAAGCUAUCUUGUGAUGCUUCAAGGUCUGAGUAUGAUUGAUGACUUUGAGUCUUUGCAGCAAAUCUUCCAGGAGUGGCAAUCGAAUCAUGAACAUUAUGACAUGAGGAUAACAAAUAUUAUGAUCAAAGCUUACCUUGAUAAGAAUAUGAUAGACGAAGCUGAGGCUAUCCGUCAGAGUACAAUGGCUCAGGGCCGUUGCGACGAGCGGACGGUUUACAUAUUUGCAGAGUUCUAUCUGGAUAAAUCUGAUGUUAACACGGCACUGGAGAUCUUGAGAGAUGCAAAGAACAUGGUGACGACACACAAAUGGGUGCCAACGAAAGAGCUUGUGAGCAGAUUUCUGAAGCACCAUGAAGAGUCAAAGGAUGUUGCUGGUGCGGAGUCUUUCGUCGAGUGCCUGAAGAAGCUUGAAUGCCUUGAUCCAGACGCUUAUGAGAGAUCCUGAUUAAGAGAUUUUGGUUCAUGAAUAAAUAACCCCCAUCGGUCUGAUCGAGUAAUAAGUGCGACCAAACCGACUAUUAACCAGUGCAACCAUUCUUCAUGGGAGAUCCUGAUUAAGUCUUAGGUCAUGCUUUUUAUUUGUGUUACCCACAUAGCAAGUGCAAUGAUGUACCGAUCGAAGGGAUGGACAUAUUUGGCUUCUGAAGAUACUUGAUCAUUCGAGUUGAAUGCUCAAUAGAGCCCCUCUCGAACCUCUCUAAUUAUCGCACUUGUAAUAUAUGUUGGUUUGAUAUUUGUUAUCAAAUUUCGGUGUGCCACAAGAUACGAUUCUAGGCUUGCACACCUGAAACCAAUUAAAUGAAUUGGUGUCUUACAAGGAGGCAUCAGGUGAAGUGGAAGAUGUAGUGGAAUGACGGUAGGGGGGAGGAAAAGAUAGGUAGAAGCAAAUAAGAGGAGGGGCUCUACUUGUCGGCCAGAGAGGAGUUGUAGCUCUGAUCGUCCCGGAUAAACCAUCAGUCUGCAGACACGUAUGACUUGAGCGAAGAGGAUGAGAAGGGCACACGAAAUUCCAAGGAUACCCCUUCUUGAGAGCCCAAACCACAGGCGCUCUCUCGCUCACAUACAACAUGAGAAAAAUAAAGCAAAAUGUCUCUCUAACUUCAAAGGGCCAGGAGAAAACAAUUAUCUAGUUCUGAGAGAAGAAAAAAGAGCUAACAUCUAAAUCCACCAACUGAAUCUCCGAAUGGUGAUGCAUCCUUUAUUGGAGGAAAAUUUUGAUUCUAUUAAAAGGGCCCAUUAUACGAAGUUCGCACAAGGGUCUCUAAGAUGCACUUCAUCCAUUUCAGAAUGUUUCAUGGGGAAGUUGGCACCUCCCACAAAGAUUCCAUUGAGGCCUCUUUUGGUUUGUAGGAAUUCCUAGGAUAGGAAUUGCAAAGGAAAAAUUCCUUUGAAGCCUUUUGGUUUGUAGGAAAGGAUUCCUAUUACUAUGUAGGAUAGGAAUAUAUCCUUCACAUUUUGGA